UAUGGGGCCUGGAGUCCUGGGAACCACGUGACCCAGGCAGUUGCAAUAUCGAAGUGUUGCAAUUUAGAAUCUCAAGGGUGGUGAUGAGGGAGUGGCAAACUCUAGGCAUCAGUCUCAUGAUCUUCCAUUGAGAGCAAAUGUCGCAAGGUGUUCCUGUGGCCAUUGCCUCAGGCCUGCUGUAUGGCUGUCAUUAAGACUUUCACUCUAGGCUCAAGCCUGUCUCUCACAUCUCCCCCUUUUUCUUUUAAAAAGCCAAUUAUAGGUUAGUAAGGGCAAGGAACAGUGGGUCAUUAUUUGUCUUUUGGAUCAUUUAAAUUUGAGGGGAUUGGAUGUCGAGAUGGGACAACAGCCAACUGAACUAGAGAAAGGCCUUUACAAAACAAAUGAGACCUUUAACAAUGCAGGGUCCAAAAAUCAGGAGUUAGCAAUAAUGAUGGCACACAUAAUAAGGAACAUAGACAAGGGGUUCCGUCUGGUUUGAGGAUUUUGAUUGGGUAUAGUCUCUGCUUGCGAAGUGAGAUACUUAAGGUUGCCUCAGGUUAUUGGGUGUGCCGUUGGAGCCGUCUAUGACACCGGGUCAGUCUCUCGGUGGUUGAGAGAUGUGUCGCUUCCUCCAGGGUCAGGGCCACCAUCUCAGGGGUCAGUGGUUGUGGAGGGAGGUUUUCCGACACAGGCAAAUCUAAUGCUUCGAGCUGGGGCUGGAUCAUUAUCUGGAAAGACACAAGCAUAGCCUCACCCUUAUGUUAACAACAGGUGUGAAUAAUAUGAUGGAUAUCUCUGAGCUUGCCAAAGGAAGGCGAGUGAGUAAUGUCCAUCUGCCAGAUCUUGUUAGGGCCAAGAAACCCUAGUUCCCAUUUUUUUGCAUCUUUAGCAACAGCCAUCGCUCCCAUUUUAGAGCAAGGAUCUGUUAGUUUUACUUUGGCCGGGAAAGCCUGGGACAAGCCACUCCCACCAUUCUAUUACUUUAUUUGUUUAUCUUUUUUUUUUUUUUUUAGUAUGAGAUUAUUCUGCUCAGGGGUGUUGGGGGAACUCCCUGAAACAAGGCCAGAAUGGCAGUCACAAUGGGGUAGAACAGCCCAGAUUGUGGGUGCCCCUCCCUGACUUCUCUCCUUCUGGCCAGGAAUAGCACAUGAGUCCAUUGCUCCAGAUCCCAACAGCAGGAAUCCAUAAACCAAGGGGCAAGAGCUAGCACUUUAUCUAAUACCUUAGUUACAUCCUUUUUUGUUACCCUAAUUUGCCAACUCCUGAGGAGAGAAACCAGCGCAGCGGCAUGGAGUUUGGCGGCAGCUGGAUGACUGUUCCGCAUUCCGGUGUUCACUCACCCUGCGAGACAUACCCAGAAGGACUCAAGAGCCAUUCAGGAAGACGAUCGGUGGAGACAGGAGCGACACACCAAACCAAAGACUGUGAACCAAAAGAGGAAGCACAGGAGGAUGAAAGCGGCAAGCACCCACGGAAGAGUCACUGGCAAGUGGGGCUUCGGAUGCCGAAAGUGUUACAGCCCCACGUUGGGCACCAGCUGUGGCCGCUCCUCGGUUCGGUUCAUAAACCAGCAAAGGUUCCAUGGACAGAAGCUGCUGGAACCAUUCGGGAUGGAGUGCGGGCCUAUACAGCUCUACAUUAUCUUUCUCACCUCUCUCCUGGAAAGUCAGUGCUGAUAAUGGAUGGUGUGAGUGCUUUUGGCACAAUAGCCAUUCAGUUAGCACACCACAGAGGAGCCAAAGUGAUUUCAACAGCACAUAGCCUGGAAGACAAGCAGAGCCUUGAAAAGCUUAGGCCUUCUAUAGCCCGAGUGAUUGAUGUGUCUAAUGGGAAAGUCCAUGUUGUGGAAGGCUGUUUGGAAGAAACAGGUGGCCUGGGAGUAGAUAUUGUCCUGGAUGCUGGAGUGAGAUUGUACAGUAAAGAUGAUGAGCCAGCUGUAAAAUUACAGCUCCCACAUAAACAUGACAUCAUUGCACUUCUUGGUGUCGGAGGCCGUUGGGUGACAACAGAAGAAAACCUUCAGUUGGAUCCUCCUGAUAGCCAUUGCCUUUUUCUCAAGGGAGCAACGGUGGCUUUUCUCAAUGAUGAAGUUUGGAAUUUGGCAAAUGCACAACAAGGAAAAUAUCUUUGUAUCUUAAAAGAUGUGAUGGAGAAGUUAUCUGCUGGUGUUUUUAGACCUCAAUUGGAUGAACCCAUUCCACUGUACGAGGCAAAAGUUUCCAUGGAAGUUGUUCAGAAAAACCAAGAAAGAAAAAAGCAAGUUGUUCAAUUUUAAUUUUAUUUCCCAGACCUCAGUUGGAUUCACCUAUACCUAUAUAUGAAGCCAGUUUUCUUUAGAAAUUGUUGAGAAAAAUCAAGGAAGAUAAAAUCAAGUUGUUCCAUUUUUAAGCAUGUUUUCCUACCAUAGUAAGAUGUUUGGUUGUUUGACAUAUUUGAAAACACUUGCAAAAUUACUGCACAGACCAUCCAGAUAAUUUUUUAACAUCUGAGGGGAUAUUCCAAAAUUCUUUUUUAGUUAUUGUAUCUGUACAUUUUUCCUCUGCUACAAAAUUCUUUCCAUAAAGAAAACUGUUUUCUGCAAAAGCCACUCUAUUCUGUCUAUACAUCUGCCACAAGCUUUUGCUGUUUUGUCAAAAUAAUAUUAUCUUCUUCAUUCUCAACA